AUGCGGAAAGCGCCUCCUCCAGAUCCGUUUGAGGCUGGCCUCGUUCAUCCCUCUGACGAUGAAGAUGUGUGGUUUCUUCACCAGGCUUUGUUACGACGGAAGGAGGGUAAACUUACUGAAGAGCCGAUUGAGGACGAGAAGCCCGCCAAGAAGCGUCAUCCCGCCAUUCGAGUUCAUGUGACAGGAUCCGCGAGAACGGAAGGGUAUUAUAAGAUACCCGAUGCCGUUAAGUCCAUUUAUGUCGCGUCUCGCAACAGGGCGACAGUGGCAGUUGAUGAAGCCGCAAACUCGAAGAUCGUUCAGCCUGUGGGCGCUUCUUCGCGUUCGACCCGCAUCGACUCCCGCAAGUUGGCGAGAGGGAUGGAACAAGCGAACAAGUAUCUCAAUCUAAAUGCCGACGCGCAAGAGCAGUCUACACUUAAGCUCAAGUUCAAUCAGCUUAAGACUCGGAAGAAACAACUCAAGUUUUCGCGUAGUCCAAUUCAUGAUUGGGGCUUAUAUGCUAUGGAACCGAUCUCUCAAGGGGAGAUGGUUAUUGAAUAUGUUGGGGAACUUAUUCGCCAGCAGGUUGCCGAUAAACGCGAGAAAUACUACGAGCGCAUGGGUAUUGGGAGCAGUUAUCUAUUCCGAGUCGAUGACGAUGCUGUCGUGGAUGCUACAAAAAAGGGCAACUUAGGACGAUUGAUUAAUCACUGUUGUACACCUAAUUGUACAGCUAAAAUUAUCACGAUCAAUGGCGAGAAGAAGAUUGUUAUAUAUGCCAAGACGAACAUAGAGCCAGGAGACGAAAUCACUUACGAUUAUCAUUUCCCCAUUGAACAAGAAAAGAUUGUUUGCUUAUGCGGUUCUUCCAAGUGCCGUGGUUAUCUCAACUAG